AUGCUGUAUAAUUUACAUACGAUAAGCGGGAAGAGCCGUUUCUAUAAGGAACUGGCUGCCAGGUUGGAGACUGACCUUACAGCAGUGCUAUCCCGUUUGGAAGCUGCCAAUAAUUUGAAACUGGCUGAUAUGACCAUACCGCCAGUGGAAAGGAUCACCCUUCAAGUGGACACAUCUCUGCAAAUGGAAUUUAAUCUGCCCGAGAAGAACUUUAUCAGGAAGGACAUCACAAGCUUGGUGAAGCAGCGUAUCGACUAUCUACUGGACCAGGUGAUAACGAUUGCGAUGAACCUAGCUGUUUUAUACAGACAUGCAGUCGGAAAGUAGAAGCUUAGUCCGUCCUUAAAAUGUCAGGUAUCUCUUAGGAGUUUAUAAAGAUUAUACUUUCUUCCCAAACGUCUUAAUCUCCCACCUAAAGACUCCAAUCGUUUGGAGUUUCCCACUAAUACAAUCAUUACAAUUACAUUAUUAGUUGCCCGGUAAAGAGGUCAGAGUAUCGGGACCACAGGAUCCCAGACUGUGCCCUACAAAAUGUGACCUUUAUUACCGUGUUUGGGUAUUUAUAAGCCUAUACACAUCAUAAUAAUUAUGACUUAAUUUCGCCUGGGAGCAGCGCUUAGUCAUUGUGUAAUCCUCGGUCACAGCCAAUUACAAUUGAAUGCCUUUCAAUCCCCUUUCGUCCAGCUGUUCUCCUCCAGCCUUUCGUUUAUUCGCACACGCAAUCUGGCAGCCACAAUUGAUAUUAAUUUGUGCCCCAUGU